GAAUUCUGAUUGGUUAAUAUCGUUUCCGGUCGAAGCUGUGUUGGAUUUAAAAGUUUUUUUAGAAAGUUCUCCGGGCAGCCAGCGCCAUUGUUAAAUUGAGGUGUUUGCACUAUGGAAAAAGUGCGUUUUUAACUACACCAAAGGCUUUUCGAAAACAGCUCAAACAUGACGCAGCGCGUGACCGCAUCAGAUGGAAACAAGAAGAUUUCCAGAGUUCGAGUGGCGGUUCGGCUUCGGCCCUAUCUGGACAAAGAGGACGAAAAGGGCGAAGGGCCGUGCGUGCGGGGCCUGGAUAAGCAAAACCUGGAAAUAGUCAACUGGAGGAAUGCUACAGAAACAGUCAAAUACCACUUCGACGCUUUCCACGGUCCAAAGACGACACAGCAAGAGGUUUUUCUCUCAUCUGUGAAGCCCAUCUUGUCGCACGUAUUGAAUGGACAGAAUGCCAGCGUUUUUGCUUAUGGGCCCACUGGAGCUGGUAAGACCCACACUAUGUUGGGCAGUGCAGAAAAGCCUGGCGUCAUUCCUCGGGCUGUACGGGAAGUUUUCAAUCUAGUCAAUGCAAGGGAUGAGGAUGAAGGCUGGGAUUACAGCAUCAGUAUGUCAUAUCUGGAAAUUUAUAAUGAGAAGGUUUUGGACCUUCUGUCGCCAAACUCCCAGGAUUUGCCCAUCCGACAGGACAAAGACAGAAACAUCUUCAUCCCAGGUCUCACCAGCACAACCAUCUCCUCCUUCUCAGACUUUGACACACAUUUUGUCCCGGCCAGCUUAAACCGAACCACAGCUUCCACCAAACUGAACCAGCGCUCGAGUCGCAGUCACGCUAUCCUUCUGAUCAAGGUUGUACGCACAUCCCGUGUUUUACCCCACAGGCAGCAGACGGGCAAACUCUACCUGGUGGACUUGGCCGGCUCCGAGGACAACCGUCGCACCGGCAACCAGGGCAUCCGCCUAAAGGAGAGCGGCGCCAUCAACCUGUCCCUCUUCACGCUCAGCAAGGUGGUGGAUUCCCUGAACUCCGGCACAUCCAUCCGCGUGCCGUACAGAGACAGCAAACUCACCCGCCUGCUGCAGGACUCCCUAGGAGGCUCCGCCCACUCCGUCAUGAUCGCCAACAUCGCGCCGGAAUACAAAUACUAUUUUGACACAUUUAGCGCGUUGAAUUUUGCGGCCAAAUCCAAGAUGAUUGUGAACAAACCUUUCACGCGGGAGACUGUGGCGGUACCUGUGUUACCAGUGAAGCGGGCCAGAGAAGAGCACGAGGCUGGAGGUUCUGGCAGCGAGCCACACAAGAAGAAGCAGAAAGACGGGAAGACGCCCGAGCAGGACAGCUCUUCACCUUCAGCCAAUUCCACUUUGGUGGAGUCAUCUGUUAUGGCCAGACUGAUAGCACUGGAGAAGCUGGUGAUGAGUGGCCAAGACAAAGACCAGCUGAGUGUGUCUAAAGACAUGGCCCCGUCUCGCAAAGAAAUCCAGGAGCUUAAGAAGAAGCAGAAGGAGUUUGAAAGUAAAGCCCUGCUUUUCAGUCAACUGCCCAAAGAAACUUCAGGUUCUGCCGAAGAGCCCGUCUUCAAAAACAGCACAGCUCCUCUUCAGAGAAAACAGGCGAAUGCUACAAAACCUACCAAGCAGCAGGCUGUGGUCCAACCCCUGCAAGUGUCUCGGCUGCAGCCUCUUGUCAACCUUGCUGCUGUCAAGAAACAGUCCGUCUGCGUCAAGAAGAAAGAGCUUUCCAGCGGGAUCGAGCUCCCAGACGGUAAGGAGAACAUGAAGGAGAAGUCCUGGGAGACCGAACUAGACGCGCAAAUGCUGGAACAGUCGAAAGAGAAAAUCCUGCAAAUUCUGAACAGCGGCGGGCUGAAGGAGCUGAAAGGUCUGCAGCAGAUCGGUGACAAGAAGGCGAAGCUGCUUCUGGGCUGGAGAGAGAUCAACGGGCAAUUCACGAAGUUGGAAGAUCUGGUCAAAGUUGAAGGCAUGACGGAAAAGAGAUUUACCUCUUUUUUGAGGGCGAACAUCCUGAGCGCCAUGGGGAAAUGACUUUUUUUUAUUUUUAAUAUAAAUAUCUAUUUUUCAUUACAUAAGUUGUACAGUUUUUCUGUUUUUCAAAGCUGUUAAUGUUUUUGUAAUAACAGCUUUUUCCUGUGGAUGGCAUGCUUGUGCGUUCCUAAUAAACCUCACAUGAAUUCA